GCUGAAACAGUCAGGCUAGCAACGUGCUCACAGCAAAAACAACGAGAGCGCGAGCGAGACGAAUAUUGUUCGCCAGCAGCGAAAAAAAACGACUCAUAAGUUUUUUUGUGUCGUGAAGUUCCGUUUGGACGUUUAUUUUCUUAACAAUUGAGUGCGCCUUAAUUGUGUUUUCUUCGGUUUAUUUGCAACGCAAACGUUGUUUUUGCGCCAUGCCCAGAGAGACGAGACGAUAACAGAGUCGCCAUAUAGCUAAAUCGAAAAUUGAAAAAAAAAAGAUAUGUAGCUUCAUGAAGAAAGUUGAAACUAAACAAAAAUAUCUUUUGUUCCAAAAUUGUUAAGCAUAAUGCAAAAAUGUAUUAUUCGUAUUGCCAGUAUUGCGUAAAAUGCGCUUGCGUGUGGCCCCAAAAUCGAAUUGAAAGGCAAGAAGGGUAAAGUGAAGUGAGAGCAGAGCAGUGCAGCGCAGCGCAGCGACGCCAGCAGAGCCGCAGCAGCGACGCCAGCAGAUCAGGAGUGGAAGCCGAAACCCUCGAAAGAGUAUACAACAGCCUGGAGUGUCUGUUCUGAGAAAUACUAAAGGAACAAGAACCUAGACGAAAGGACAGCGCCAGGCUCAACCCAACCCCGACGCUCACUAAACGAAGAAACUUCGAUACCACACACAAAAAUCCAUCAUGGAGCUUCGCGUAGGCAACAAGUAUCGCCUGGGCCGCAAGAUCGGCUCGGGGUCGUUCGGUGACAUCUACCUGGGCACAACGAUCAACACCGGCGAGGAAGUGGCCAUCAAAUUGGAGUGCAUCCGCACGAAACACCCGCAGCUGCACAUCGAAUCCAAGUUCUACAAGACGAUGCAAGGCGGCAUUGGAAUACCGCGGAUCAUCUGGUGCGGCAGCGAAGGCGACUACAACGUGAUGGUAAUGGAGCUGCUUGGGCCCUCGUUGGAGGACCUCUUCAAUUUUUGCUCGCGCCGCUUCUCUCUGAAAACGGUGCUGUUGCUGGCAGACCAGAUGAUUUCUCGCAUCGACUAUAUACAUUCGAGGGACUUCAUCCACCGCGACAUUAAGCCCGACAACUUUCUAAUGGGCCUGGGCAAGAAGGGCAACCUGGUGUACAUUAUCGAUUUUGGGCUGGCCAAAAAGUUCCGUGAUGCACGUUCACUGAAGCACAUUCCCUAUCGGGAAAACAAGAACCUCACCGGCACAGCUCGCUACGCCUCGAUUAACACACAUCUCGGUAUCGAGCAGUCGCGACGCGACGACUUGGAGUCGCUAGGCUACGUUCUGAUGUACUUCAACCUGGGAGCUUUGCCCUGGCAGGGCCUGAAAGCCGCCAACAAGCGACAGAAGUACGAGCGCAUCUCCGAGAAAAAGCUCUCCACCUCUAUCGUGGUGCUGUGCAAGGGCUUCCCCAGCGAAUUCGUCAACUAUUUGAACUUCUGCCGCCAAAUGCAUUUCGACCAGCGGCCAGAUUACUGCCACCUGCGUAAGCUAUUCCGGAAUCUGUUCCAUCGUCUGGGAUUCACUUACGACUAUGUGUUUGACUGGAACCUGCUGAAGUUCGGUGGUCCCCGCAACCCCCAGGCCAUUCAGCAGGCACAAGACGGGACCGACGGUCAGGCGGGACACGAUGCCGUGGCUGCGGCAGCGGCGGUGGCCGCGGCGGCCGUUGCCUCCUCGCACCAACAACAGCAGCACAAGAUGAAUGCGGCGCUCGGCGGUGGAGGCAGUGGUGCCCAGCAACAGGUUCAGGGUGGCCAGAGCCUAGCGAUGUUGGGUGGCGUGGGUGGAAACGGCGGCGGAAACGGAAGCCAGCUCAUCGGAGGAAACGGACUCAACAUGGACGACUCGAUGGCGGCCACCAAUUCGUCGAGACCCCCGUACGAUACACCCGAAAGACGUCCUUCGAUACGGAUGCGCCAAGGGGGCGCUGGGGGAGGCGGAGGAGGUGGAGUCGGCGUGGGUGGAAUGCAGGGCGGCGGCGUGGGGAACGCCAAAUAAUAUUUUAUCGUUUAGAUGCGACGCUGGACACGACACAGUAGACAAACAAACAAAACUCAGCAACUAUACAUGUAGAAUAUAUAGUUAUAUAUAUACCUAAUAUAUAUAAUACUUGCUUUAUAUAUGCGGUAAACAUGUUGAAUGUAUCCGAAUCCGAAUCGGCAGGAGGACCAGGUCCCUGUCAGCCAGGAGAAAUCAGAAGAGCAAGGGGAUAGGAGGAGCAGAAGAUGGGGGAGCAGAUCCGAGAGCAAAGCGCAGCGCUUUCCUUUUUGUACAUUUACGUUUUGUUUUUUGACAUUUAGUUUCUGCUCCGCAAUGUUGAAAGGGCGCGUUUAUUAUUAAUUAUGUAGCCUAUGAUUAACUUAAUUUAUACAUUUAGUACAUAAACGAUUGCAACUUGGCUGCAAGAAACGGCAACAAACCUGUUCAAUUGAUUUGAGAAAUAGCAACCCCUUGGAGCGUACGGAAGGAGAAAGAUAUACAGGGUUGGGAGCCAGGAUACGCAAGCAUUUAUUCUGUUUUGCAUUUGAUAACUUCGAUUCUGCCACCUAAAUUCGGGCUAAAGUCAAGGUUAUUGAUUCGAAUCCCCUCCCAACUGAGCAGAGCAAGCAGAUUUACGCAAAAUACAUACCUAUGUUGAAUUAUUCGUAACAAGAUCGUCAACAAACACACACACACACACAUAUUAUAUAUACAUAAUUAAUUGAUUCUAAGUGUAAUAAUUGUGUAAAAGAAACAAAGGACACCCUGGUCGGCAAGUGUCCCUAACCCUAGGCUAGGUAUUAGCGUUAGCAAAACCAAUUCAUACAAGAAUCAUAAGCAAACAACAAACAACCACAUGUAUCUUAAGCUGAAGCUGAUUUCGGGGCGCAAUCGAACGAAACUGAAGUGCAGGUGGAGAUGUCGUUCUUUAGCUUUAAGCAACGCUCCGAGUUUUAAGACCCCCCCUAUGUUACUUUGUACAUCAUAAUGCAGCACACGCGAUCCCCCAAUCUUUGUACUAUACAUACUUUCGUGGUCUGCUUAAUUCGCUUAAUGUGUUCAUAUAUAAUUUCCUUCAUAUUUAAAAAACUUUCUGUAUCUGCGCGCAUUUCUCGAGCGGAAGGGAGAACCCCGGAAGAGAGGCCCUUUUGUUUAUGCAACAAAACCAUGUAACUAAGAUAGAGAGCGUAUAAAUAGCGUUUAGACAUAAACAACAAAUUUGCAUUAACGUUUCGAUUUAAUACAAAGAAGCACCCACAACAGUCGAUGUUAGGCGCUAAAAUUACAUAACGCUAGCUAAUAAAUUAUAGCUAUAAUAUGAAAUUUGUCUAUAAGUAAUACCAAACCGUAAAAAAUAAAAACAAAAAAUGCAAAAAAAAAGAACAAACACAUCUAAAUUCUAAAUGCGCCAAGAAAAGAAAUGGGUUAAAACGAUAAAUAUAUAUAAAUAUACGAACUAUAUCUUAUGAGAACACGUAAAAUGUAAAACCCCACAGUGCUCGGCUGGCAGUCCAACAACUAAUAAAUUAAUCAAACACAAAACCGGAUCACUGAGAGCUGAAGCCACUUAAAACUUAAAAUAAAAUGAAUUACGUGAUAUUUCUUACAAA